GAUGGAACUAAACAUUUACAAGCCUUGAAGGCACUGGCUGUUUAUCGCAUCAUACAUAUAAUGUAGUAAACAACAUACUAUAUACAUAUAUAUUGAUACAUAUACGAGGAUAUAAUAGAAGCAAUGAGGAUAAUAAUUACAGUGUUGACCAUACUGCACGAGCUAUGUCAAGUGGCGGCGGUGCCCGGCGACUGCACACCCCUUGAAACACAUAAACUGGAUGACUUUGACCCGCGGACAGUGUACAGCGCUAACCAGGAGCUGGCCACCCAUCAACCACCACGCCGGGUACCAGGGGACUUCCGUGCUCAUCGCCCACUGCCUACACACCAUUUUGCCACAACGGAACUGAAAAAGAACCCGUCCCCAAUGAUUCUAUGGCCAUAUAUGUCCACCAUGAAAGCCGAUGGAAUCGUUUACGAUGCAUUCGAGUUUAAGCGUUUUAUGGACCCCGAGCGGACUAUUUACGCGGACGGACAGUCACUGUGGGAGGAAGGGCGGCCCUGGCACCGUCUGCUCGAGCUGGGAACAAAUAUGUUCCAGAAGAUCAGCGGACCAGACGGCAACCCGCUCGGCAACUUUGACGGACAAUCUGGUGUAAAGGUGGGUAUCGCCGGAAGUGGGGAGCCCGAGCUGCAGGACUAUGGCGACCUUUUCGCCAACUUCAUCUACACUGGCGGCCAGGGGUUCAUGGAGGUACCGUUGGUGCGAGGGUCCAUCUUACUAACCCAUAUUUUUAAAAACGCUGACCCCUUGAUCACUCCAUACUGCCUCGAUAACAUCAACGGAGAAAGCCACACCUUCGACUGCCCUCACGAACCUGCAAGUAGUGACGGCGGAAGUGGUUACCUGAGUGCCACAUGCCCUGGUUCCGUACUCGAGAUAACGCUGCACAACACUCGACCCAUCCAUGACGUCACGCUCGUGCAAUGGGCGGCGAACACUGCAGAUGUGUACAGCGGAAGCCACGGCAUGCACACGUGCACGACUAGUCAAUGCCGUCUUGCGGACGGCGGGAAGACCGUUCAUAUUUCCGUGCCAAACGCUUCAGGUCAGAUGUCAUUCGCCAUCAACUACAUCGGUCACUAUCUCCUCCCACCUGACUGGGUGAAUCACCCGCAACAGGUCUCAUGCGGCUCGGGAAAACGUGACGUCCUUGACCACCACAGACGCGCGGUACAGGACAUUAAUAUGCAUGCAACGUGCGACAGCAACAAAAACGUCGAGAUACGCGUCGAUUUAGCAGGCAACUAUAUCAACGAAACCGAUUGGGUACAAUACGCUAUAGAGGGCAGUUCUAUCUGGGCGCAUCCUCCGCCGAUGCGCAACUGCGACCCGAGCCACUGCACAAGACAAGGCAACGUCGUCACCAUCAAGUACCACUCACAACACGCCCACAUCAAACUGGCGAUUAACAUUGUUGGUGUGACGACGUUACCAUGGUCCUACUGGAUAGAUAAUCCCUUCUACCUUGUGUGCGGCACCGGUCAGGUGGUCAAUUAUGGAGGCUCAGGAACUGUUACCGUUACCAGUCAUACAAACCCUCCAACAACGACGUCCACAUCGACAAGCCAGCCCACACAGACUGCUGCUACCGAGCCGGUUGCCCACACGACGGUGCACAACCCCGCACCCACGGGCGUCCCUCUUGGUCCUAACAAAAAGUUCAUACUAGAGAUGAACGAGCAAGGCAAAGAUCUACCGAAUCAGACCCGGAAGUUUGUGUUGUAUUUUAGCGAGGAGGUAUCGCCGCACGUGCACGGGAACUCCCUCACCUUCUCUCCGAUCUCGGGUGGUGCUUACACCGGAAUCAUGCAGCUGGCGUACCUUGGCUCCGGUGUACGCGGGGAUUACAGUAACGGUACGAUGAUGGACAGGUACGCCGGCGUCUAUUCAUACAAGCCGAGCACGUCGUUUUGCGUGAGCGAGUCCACCAGCCGCGCACACGCCGUGUUCGAUUGGCGGCCGAACAAUCAGCACGCCGCCUCGCCGACCGCGGAACUGCUCAUGCUGCUCAUGCCCCAUCACUCGUACCUGAUGAAGUCGAUGUUCGGCGGACGGAUGGUAAAGACGGUGUUCGGGUUUGACGCCCUCGAGGAGAGCGUAUGGGACCUGUCGAUGGACCUUCCCCGGGCCGCCAUGACCCCCGACCCCACCGCUCUUUCGUCCCUCGGCGCCCAUCAGCGACAGGACAUUCUCAGUGCUGUCGAGAGGGACGCUGCCAACCAGAACCUGGCUGCCAUCUGCGGGCAAGCGGACAGCUAUAAUGUGGGCAAGGCAAUCGGAAUGGCGGCACGGCUUGCCAGCAUCUCUCGCGCCUUCGGCACAAAUCACCACACCGCCAUUGACACAGAUAUCCGCAACUGCCUCGAGAAAUGGCUUCGGAUACAAGACACGUUAUCGGACAAAUGGAAGUUUCACUACGACACUGUUUGGGGAGGCCUAUUCCUUCGGGCCACAGACGGCGACCUGAAUUUCGGAGUGGACUAUGGAUUCCCCUAUUACAACGACCACCACUUUCACCUCGGCUACUUCAUCUACGCACUGGCAUAUUACGCCAAAUUCAAUCCCCAGUGGGGACAAGCAAAUAAGCACCGGAUCUAUCUGUUGGUGCGAGACGUGAGCAACCUGAGCCCAAGCGAUGAGUUCUUCCCUGUGGCCCGACACAAGGACAUGUACACGGGCUUCUCAUGGGCGUCCGGGAUCGUUCCGGGAACCAGGCAAGAGGAGUCUGCAUCAGAGGGUUUGAAUUGUUACCAUGGCGUGGCUGCCCUUGGGGAGGCCCUGAACGAUAAGCGGUUGCAACACGUUGGACAGGUGAUGCUGGCCAUGGAACUGAUGUCCGUCCGCGAGUAUUGGCAGGUGCGCGAGCACAACCGCCCUCAUUUCCCGCCCGUCAUCCAGGAUACGGGUGUGGUAGGAAUGGUCGCUGAGGAUAGCUUCUACGUGUACACACUGAACUGGCCGUGUGACCCAAACAGGUUCCCCAUGCGCCACGCGUGUCUGGUUGGAAUCCAGGUCAUACCCAUAACUUCCGUUUCCAAGUACUGGGUAGAUAAGGAGUGGGCGGCGUCCAUCGAGCACUCUUGCACGUCAGCGAUCCACCCAGAACGGGAACCAUCAUAUAGCAUUGCCGACCACACGGAGCGAUCCAGGAAUCUCAGCACUGGUUGGGCGGCCUUCUGUUAUGCGGCGAUGGCACCGCUGGACGCGAUCCAUCAGGCCGAGGCCGCCAACUACUUAAAGGACAAGCGCCCGCAGGAGCUCGUUGGCGGCACAGGCGUUGCAAGCACUCUGCUGUUUAUAUUUGCUAGCACAUAAUGUCAUAUUAAAAUAUCAAAACCA